CGUAUACUACUCGCCAGUAUUACGUGCCAGUCGCAGGUUCCACACUUUACGCACGAAAAAGCAUACAUUUAUCUUGUCGAUAUCUUGCUGCUUCCUGCGGCCAGAACGCUACACUGAUUGAUAGACGGUUUGGUCACUUGCUGGCACCUGCGUAGUGCUUUGCGGCUGCACUGAGCGCCGCGAAUUUGCAAGUGCAAGGCUGAGCCUUACACGCUGCGCUAAUCUUGCUGCAAGGACAGCCCAAACGCAUAUUGAUAUCUGUUUAACCCACUGUGGACACGAGCUCUCCAUUUUUCGGUGACCCAGAGGAGACUGUGGAGUGCGAGGCAAGCCAGUCGAGAGGAACCCGGGCGCUCGGUGGCAAUAUGAUAAAGGACCAUGGGCUUUAUCAUCAGGGGUGCCGCUGGUGAAGUGCGCUUGAGGUCUCCAGUGCGGACCUGCUAAAAUCCUGCUAAAAAUGAUUCAUCGGUGAUGGGGCCAGCCUGGCACUGCGACCCGCGCUAUUACUAGCGCUCUUCCAGACAUGUCGCGGGGCGAAGCGCCGGCGCGGGAUGCUCUCAUCCUCGACUCCGCGCCAGCGCCCGGCGGCCCAGCGGCUGAGGCCGCCCGUUACUCCGCGUCUUCGGCGCCGACGGCCAUCAACGUCGCACACCCAGCAGCAGCAGAGGCUGCAACAGCGGCACCGGGCGGCGCCAGGGCGGGUGCAGCUGACGCAGCGUCUGCCGCCACAGCAGGCCUUCUCCCCUCGCACCCACAGCAUCAACGUUCGCAGCACCACCACCACCCGCAGCAGGAGCAGGAGCAACAGGAUCAAGGGCUGCAACAUCAGCAACACCUUCUAAUGCCGGAAGACGAGGCGCGCGCCCGGCUGCCCUCCAUCCGCACCGGCCGGCCAGCCGCGACCGCGGCAGCAGCGCCGCCGCAUUCCGGACCCGGCGCACGGCCUGCCGCGCCUGCCGCGCCUGCCGCGCCUGCCGUGCCUGCCGCGCCUGCCGCGGCGGGGGUGGUGGCAGAAGCCGAUAUGGUGCCGGCGGCGGUUUGCAAGGACGGGCCAAUGGACACUGUGACGGUGGCGGGAGGGGCGGCGGCGGUGGCGGCGGCGGCGCCCUGGGCUGCGGGCGCAAGCAGUAGUGUCACCAGCGGCAGCAGCGCCGCAGGCGUCAGCAGCACCGGAGCGGCGGCGGCGGCGGCGGCGCCGCCGACGCAAGCUGCAGCCACCUUGCUGGCAGCGGCGGCAGGCAUGCCGCCGCCUGCGGCAGUAGCAGCCGCGGCGCAGUGGCAGCAACAGCAACAGCAGUCGGGGCCAGCGGGUGCGGCGGCCGCGGCGGUGGUGGCGGCGCUGGCGGCCGCUGCUGCGGCGGGGGCGCUUGUGGCGGGUUGCUGGGCGGUGCUGGCGGCGGCCGCGGUGUGGCAGCUGUGGCGGGCGGUGCUCGGCCGGCAGCAGCACCUGCACCAGCACCUUGCGACCCAGGCAGCCCCGGGAGGCGGCAUCGACGGGCGGCAGCACCCGGCGCACGACAACCCCAUCCAUGACACACUGGCGCUGCUGAACUCAUCCGGCAGCGGCGGCGGCGGCGACGGGGACGGCCCCAACGGCGGCGGCGGCGACGGCGAGACCGGCGCCCAGGCCAUGUCUCCUUUUACGACCAUCGGCACCGCGACCAUGAUCCGUCACCGGGAGCAGCAGCAGCAGCAGCAACACACGGCUGUAGCCGCGGCGGCGGCGGCGGCGGCGGCGGCGCCACCCGCGCUGGAAGCGGCGGCGGCCGGCGGCGGCGGCGGCAGGCUGUCGGUCGCGGCUACAGCCGCCGCCGCCGCCGCCACCAGCUCCGGGCCCGGGCCGGCGUCGGUCCGGGGUGGCACGAGCAGUUGGCUGCCGCUGCCGCCGCUGACGCUGCUGCACCCGCUGCCGCUGCCGUCACUGCGGAGUUGGGGCGCGGCGGCGGCGGUGUGGGCGGGGCCGGAGCGCCGCUCCUCGCUGGGCUUGGCGGGCUGCGGCAGCUCCGACGGCUCUGGGGCAACCAGUUACGGAGGUGGCGGAAACGGCAGUAGCAGUGGCGGCGGCGGUAGCGGCAGUACCAAGGUGCCGUGGCUGUGGCGCAUGGCGCUGCCCGGGGUGCACCUGCUGGCCAGGCCCCGCGGCGGCGGAGGCGGCGGCAGUAGCAGUAGCAGCAGAGCCCCAGCCGUGGCGGCGUCGCUGCUGGCGCCGUCAGCCACAGUAGCAGGCUCUGCCGCUGCGUCGGCUGCAGCGUCACCGCUGCCGGGCGGACCUGCUGCAGCCCCGGCGGCGGCGGCGGCGGCUGCUACAGCCGGCGGCGGCCUUGGCGACUUGCGGGUCGCCUCCGGUGUCACCGAGCUGCUACUGCCGCCCGGCGGCGUGUGCUCACUCUCCGCCACGACUGGCGGCGCCGGCGGCGGCGGUGGCGGCGGCUCCGGUAGCAGCAGUGCCGUCGCUGGCGGCGCCGUCGGCGGCAGCGGGCACCCAGCCAUUCUCCUGGGCAGUCCGACGCUCCUCGACAGCCCCUCUUCAGCCAUGUCGCGCGGCAGCGGCCUGCGCGGCCGCGUCGGCGGCGGCAGCCUCUUCGGUGGCAUCGGCGGCGGCGGCGCGGGCAGUAGUUCCGCGGCUACGCCCGUCGGUGGCAGUAGCGUGGCGCGCGUGGCGCAGGCGGCGGCGGCGGCCGCCGCGGCGGCGCUGUCGGGUCUGUUGGGCUCGCCGCGUGCCGCAGCCUGGUCGCCGCAGAGUCACCAGCAGCAGUCGCAGCAAAUGUUUGCAAGCCCGCUGAAUCCAUCCGGCGUGCUGGGCGGCCAGCAGGGUCCGGCGCCGCCGCCGCCUAGCGGCACCUUUGGCGUCGGCGGCUGCAGCCCGCGCGCGCACAGCAACAGCUCGCUUGCGGGGCUGGGAGGAGGCGGCGGCGGCGGCGCACGGUGGUCGGGCGGGCAGGCGGUGUUGCAGAUGGUGUCUGACUACAUGCCGCGGGUGGCGGCGGGCUGGGGCGCAUCGCACCGCUCCGUGUCCAGUGCCUCUCUGUCGACGCUUGCUGAGCUGCAUGGAGGGGGCGGCGCAGGCGGCGGCGGCGCGGCGGCGGCAGCGAGCAACGGCGGCGGCGGCGGCGGCGGCGGUGUGCCGCAUGCGCUGCUGCUCAGUACGGCGGCCGAGGCGGUGGCGGCGGCGGGCCGCAAGCCGGCCUUCAGCGACCUGCCGCAGAACGCGGGGCGUGUGCAGGUUCUGUCGGUGGAUGAUGAGCCCGUGAACCAGCAGGUCAUGCGCGCGCUGCUGUGGGCGGCCGAGUACGAAGUGCUGGAGGCACACAGCGGGGAGCAGGCGCUGGAGCUGGUGCGCUGCAGCGGUGUGCUGCCGGACCUGGUGCUGCUGGACGUGACGCUGGGCGGGGACGUCAGCGGAUUCGAGGUGUGUCGCGAGAUCCGGCGCGAGCACGGCCCCGGCGAGCUGCCCGUGAUCAUGAUCACCUGCAGCUCGCUGGAGGAGGACGUGAUCAAGGGCCUGGCGGUUGGCGCCAACGACUACAUGAUCAAGCCGCUGAGGCACAUGGAGCUGAUGGCGCGGAUCAAGACACAGCUGGCGCUGAAGCGGAGCAUCAAGGUGGCCUCUGAGGCGCGUGUCAACAUGUCUCUGCUUGCCUCCAUCCUGCCCUCCAACGUCAUUCGCCAGCUCAAGCAGGGCGUCACCCUCAUUGCGCAGUUCCACCAACAGGUCACCAUCCUGUUCUCAGACAUCCGCGGCUUCACCACACUGGCCACCGAGUGGCCCACGGAGCAGAUCAUCCUCAUGCUCAACAACAUGUUCACGGCCUUUGACCGCCUGUGCGACACCCUGGGCGUGUACAAGGUGGAGACCAUUGGUGACGCCUACAUGAUUGUGUCGGGGCAUGACGGGGUGGGGGACCACGCGGCACGCAUGCUGCGCAUGGCGGCGGCCAUGCUGGGGGCGGUGGAGGACAUGCGCGGGUACGACGGCCGCGAGCUGCAGAUCCGCAUCGGCAUCCACACCGGCCCGGCGCACAGUGGUGUGGUGGGGCUGAGCCGCCCGCGCUACUGCUUCUUCGGCGACACAGUCAACACGGCCUCGCGAAUGGAGAGCACCGGAUUCCCCAUGGCCGUACAGGUGUCUGCCGCCACCCGGGACGCGGUGCUGGGCCCCGGCGCGCGGCCGGAGUGGGCGCAGGAGUUCAACUUCGUGCCGUGCGGCGUGCGCGACAUUAAGGGCAAGGGCGCCAUGGACACCUACCUCCUCCGCACGGGGCUGUACGAGGCGGCUCUGGCCGACCUCAACACCGCCGCCACCGCCCGCGCCUCCGCCGCCGCCGCCCGCAAACGCCGCGACGACCUAUUGCUCGCCUCCGCGCUCAGCCUCAACACCGCCGCACUCAACACCCUACACACCGCCUCGCUGAUGCACACCGGAGCGGCCGGAGCCAGGACCGGAGCGGGCGGCAUGCAGUCAGGCAGCAGCGGCGGCAUCCUGCCGAGCGGCGGCACGAAUGGCGGCGGUACUGCGGCGGCAAUGUUGCAAUCGCUAAUGGAGGCGGCGGAGGCGGAGGAGGGCGGCGGCAGCGGCUCGGGGCGGUCUGGGGGGCUGGCAAGCCGUGCCAGUGUGGAAGCGCUACAGCCGCUACAGCUGCCGGCGGCGGCGGUGGUUGCGGCAGGAAUGACGGCAAGUUUUGGCGGCGGUGGCGGUGGCGGCGGCGGCAGCGGGCUUAUGUCGUCGUCUAUGGCGGACUCGCAGGUCCGCACGCACACGCACACGGGCACGGGCGAAUCGGACUUUGAUGUGACGCUGCCGAUGCCGGUCAACCGGGAGGUGCAGGGGGCGGAGGCGGCAGUCGCAGCGCCGGCGCCGGUGCCCGUCCUCCCCACCCAAGCCGCUUCCGCUGCGCCUGCGGCGGCCAUGCCCGCGGCCGGUGCCAAUUCUAUUGUCCUUGGCGGCGGCGGUGACGGCGGCGGCGGCGGCGCCGCCGCGGAGUCGCCAUUCUCCCGCGCCGCCCGACCGGCUUCGUCCCACAGCUACAACAAUCACAACAACCACAAUUUCAAAUCACAAAUCAGCGCCGGCGCAGGCGCAGGCGCAGGCGGCGGCGCCGCCGCCGCGUACCCAUCCCUGGACGCCAGCGCCGGUUACGGCGGCGGCGGUUACGGUGCCGCCAGUACGACAGAGUUCACAAAGUACACGUCGUACCGUUACCACCAUGCGGGUGCCAGCGGCCUGGAUGCCAGCUCCACGGGGACCAAUGCGUUCGCGCUGGCGGAGGCGGGCGUGGUCUUGAUGCCCUCGGCGGCGCAGGAGAGCGGCAUGUUUGACUCCCUGGACCCCCUAGGCGCUGCGCGCUGCGCCGCCGCCAACGCAAGCGACGGCAGCGUCAACGGACCUGCCGGCGGCGGCGGCGGCAGCAGCGUCGGCACCGUUGGCGGCGCCGUUCCUCGGGAGGGCAGCGGCAGCGCGGGCCUCUUGCGACCGCUGUCGCCGCCACCCCAGCGGGUGGCGCAGCGGGCGUCACCGCAGCAAGGCAAUCGCUCCGCCACUGCCGCCGCCAACCCAGCCGCUGCCAACGCGACCGCCGCCGCCGCCGCCGCGUUGGCGGCGGAUUCGCUCGUCCCGGCCGUCAGCGGCAUAGGCGGCGGCGGCGGCGUGUACGACCUAGGCUUGGGGGUGCUGAGUCCGAACGGGCAGCAGCAGGCGUGGGAGCAACUGCUACAGCUGGUGUCUACGCCGGAAGAAGAGGCCGCCAGCGCACAUGGCGCCGCCGCUGCUGCCGCCGCCGCCGCCGCCGCCACCGCCGCCGUCAGCGGACCCGGCAGCGGCCUGUACAUGAUGGUGGGGGCCGGCGGCCUGCCGGGAUCCGGCGGCCGGGCGGCGGCGGUACCGGCAGCGCCCGGGUCGCCCUACUCGGAUCCCUUUCCAGCGGCAGGGCAUGCCAGGCCGCAGCCGCCGCCGUCAGCGUUUGCUGCGGCGGCGGCAACAGCGGCUUCGCCGCGGCCGUCGCGCGAGGUGGCUGGCGGCGGCGGCGCCGCCGCCGCCGCCGUCGCAAACGCCGACGCGACCUCGAGUGUUGUGCUGGCGGGCGAAUUCACCAGCCUGGGCAGCAGUUCUCAGCCGUCAGGGGAGGAGCAGCUAACGGCGGUGGCGGCGGCGGCGGCGGCGGCGGCUAGCGGCGGCGCCACCCGGUCCCUGCGCGCCAGCCUGAGCGUGAACGCUCCCGGCGCCGCCGUGGCGGCGGCCACCACUGCCGGCGCCGCCGGCGACGCCGCCGUGACGCCGCCGCCGACGGCCAACCCGCACGCGUCGCGCCUGUACCGCACCGCCAGCCACGGCGGCGCCAGCCUCAUUGCCGGCGGCGGCAUGGCGGUGUCACGCCUGUCGUACGACCCAGCCGUCGUACGAAGCAGCGGCGGAGCCCCAACCACCGCCGCCGCCGCCGCCGCCGCAGAUGCUUCGGCGGCCGCAGUGUACGGCACCGCCUUCCGGGAGGCGAGCAUGCGGGAGGCGUGGGCUCGCACGCUGGCGGCGAAGCACGCCGCCACCUCUGCCGGCAUCGUCACGGCGGCGCCGCCGCCGCCGCUGGCGCCUGGCGGCGCCGCCACCGCCGCCACUGACGCGCCGACGGCGUCAGCGAUUCUGCGCUCUGCGACCAUGGGCGCCGGUGGCGUGUUGGGCGCCUCUGGCGGCGGCGGCGGCAGCGGCGGCGGCUACAGCCCGUACAGCAAUCGCGCCAGCCUGCAGCACGCCGCCUCCGCUAACGUCGGCGGCUUGUCCAGCACCGCCAGCGGCCACAGCCUGGGCAUGGUCGGCGGCGGCGGCGGCGGCGGCGGGCAUUCGGCUCGAGCGCUGGCCGUCACUGGCGGCCUCUUCGUGGCUAGGCCGCCGGCGCCGGCCGCGCAGUCGCCUGGCGGCGGCGGCGGCGGGGGCGCCGCCGGCCCGCCGGGUCCACGUGCGCGCGCCGCCACUGCCACUGGCGCCACGCCGACAGGCGUUACCAGCGGAUCUGGAGGCGGCGGCGGCGGCGGCGGCGGCAGCGCGGCGGCGGCGGCGCUGCUGGCUGGCGGCGGCGGCAUGGGCUCGGGCCCUGUGUGGACUGCUACCGGCCUCAGCGGCCUGUACUCGGCUGCCACCGCGCCGGGGCUGGAUUCGGUUGGCAGCCUGCAGCGGGCAAACACAGUCGGCGGCGCCUCCGGACCCCCCAGCCGCACACGCACCGCCGCCACCAACGCCGCCGGAGCCAGCUCCGCCGCUUCAGCGGCUGCGGGUACGGCGGCGGGUACGGCGCAGCCGCCCAGCGCCCGCCAGUCGCACGUGUCAAUGUACGGCACGACACCGGCCGGCGGCGGCGGUGGCGGCGGCGGCGGCGGCGGCAGUACGGGUGGCGUGAGCAUCAUCAGUCAGGGCUGGUCAAACCUGUACGACCCCGCCUCGCCCAGGCCCCGUCUGGUGGACCACUACCUCAGCACCUCGCACGACCUCGACGUUGCAAUGGCGGCGGCGGCGGCGGCGGCUUACAGCCGGGGUCCCAGCGGGCACGGGAUGCUGCGGCCGGCUGCGGGCUCGGCGGCGCCCGGCGCCCACGUGGCCGCGGGCUGGGGCGAGCGGGACCAAUCGGAUGCAGCCUCGCCACAGCUCACGCCCGCACACAGCCUCACCGCCGGCUCUGCGCUUGCUGCUACAACCGCCGCCGCAGCCACAGCAACAGCCGGGGUGUUCCGCGAGGGCGUCCGCUCCCCCCGGGGUCCGGCCGGGGCCGCACGCAGCCUGUCACGAAGCGCGCUGGCGGGCGCUGCAGCUGCAGCCGGCGGCGUGCCAGCUACUGCCAAUGAGGCCCAUCCCCGCGGCGCCGCCACCGGCGCCGCGGCUGCUACUGCCGCUGUGGAUGUGGAGAGCUCGGAUGCGAGUGUGCUGCUGGGCCCCACACACGGCCGGGUCAGCCUGCAGUCCCCCGCCUCUUCCGGGACUGGCUAUUACACCCAACCCCAACAUCACCAGCUACACCACCACAGCCCCCAGCAGCACGCCGCGGCGGCGGCCGCAGCCACAGGGGCCCAGUAUCGCGCGAGCCAGGGUUGGGCAGAUUCAGCCGCCGCCGCCGCCGCCACCGCCGCCACGACCGCCGCCACCAGGGCGCAGAUCGGCGGCCGCAGCAAGAGCAUGGACGUACAGGCGUACUACAAGUCAAUGCAGCCGUACAUUCCGUACGGAAACGCACCGCCGUACGGCAACGCGGCGGCCCUCAUUGCCGCGAUGCAGCAGCCGUACGGCAGGGCGGCGGCGGCGGCGGUGAUGGGUAGCCCGCAGCCGGGUGGUGGCGGCGGUGCCGACGGCCUGGUUGGCGGGAUGUAUGCGAGUCCUCACCAGCAACCGCUAUUGCUACAGCAGCAGCAACAGCAGCAGCAGCAGCAGCAACAGCUGCAGCAGCAACAGCUGCAGCAGCAGCAGCAGCAGCAGAGCCCGCUGCCGGGCUUUGAGCACCUGGAGGAGUACAGCCGCAAGCACUCGCGGGAGUGGAGCAAGCCUGCUACAGUCACCGGCUUGCUGGGGCAUGCUACAGCCGGCUCCCCGUACCGCGGCGGCAGCCAUGCUACAGCCGCCUCAGGCGUGCCCGGCGGCGUGCGCUACAGCCUAGACCAGCACCGCUCCUCUGUGGGUGGCUCGCAGCAGCAGCUGCUACUGCCGCUGCCGGUGCUGCCCUCCCACUCCCAGCUACAGCUGCAGCUACAGCCGCCGUCGCCGCUGUCUGCAAGCGGCCGCUCCGUAGCAAGUGGCUUGGGCGCGCUCGGCAGCCCUCCGGGGCCCUCCGCCGCAACCUCCUCCUCCACUCGGGCCUCCGUUGCGGAGGGCAGCGGCGCUGCUGCUACAGCCGGCGGCGGCGGCCGACGCGCGGGCAGUCCGCUGGGACUGGCGGGUCGCAGCGGCAAAGCCAUGACGGGCGCCGCCACUUCCGGCGGCGGCGGCAGCGGCGGCGUCGGCGGCUUUGGGACCAGCGGCGGCAAAAUGACCCUGAACGGUGGCGGCGGCGCCGGCAUUGAUGGCCGCGGCAGUAGCAACGGCGGCGCCAACGCUCUGCUGAGCGUGCGGCGGUACUCCGUGGACGUACCCAUGGGCUUCGAGAUGCUAAUGCACGGCAACAUGUCAAAUGGCGGCCUGAGUAACGGCUACGGCGCCGCCGGUAGCGCCCCGAUCCACUCCACUACCGCCGCCGCCGCUGCCGCUGCCGACCCGCCCACACCGCAGCUGACGCGGCUUCGUCAGUUGGAGUCCGUGCAGGAGGCCGCCGUCUUCGAGGCCGGCGGCGGCGCCGCCGGCGGCGAGCGCGCCGCCUCAGUCAACAGCAGCAAUGGCGGCGGUGGCGGCGGCGGCGGUGGCGGCGGCGCGCCCAGCCUUCGAGGUAUGAUGGACUCGCCCCGGUUCGGGCCUGGUUCCAACAGCGAGGCUGGUUCGCUGCUGGGAUCUCCAGGUAUGAGCCCGGCCACGGCUGGCGGCGGCGCCGGCGCCGGCGGCGGCGUCCAGUCCGCCGCUACGCAGCGCGCCGCCGCCGCCGCCGCCGCCGCCACAAUGGCGGCGGCGCCGCCUGACGGCGGCUGCGGCACAGACAUUGGCCGCAUGCUGGCGCGCGCGUCGGCGCUGGUAGCGGCGACGUCGCCACAGCCGCAGCCGGCACCGGCCCCGGGCACCGAGUCCGUCGUGGCCUUUUUCGACGCCGCCGCCGCCGCCGGCAGCGAACACGUGCUGCCGCCUGGCAGCGCCACCGGUUACGGUUUGUACGGCGGGUCUCGGAUCAUGCAUCCGGCCAACCGCCUGGAUCCAGUGGAGGAGGGCGCCGGAUCCUCAACCGUCGUUACAACCGCCGAUGACGCCUCGUUCGUUGCGAGUGGUCUGGUGUGCAGUUUGGUGGCGUCGGACCGCGAGCGAGCGCCGUCAGCCGCCGCCGUCGUUGGCACCUUUGCUGCCCUGCCUAGCGCGGGCAUGGUCGCGCCUGGGGCCAGCGGCGCCGGCAGCGGCAUUGGAAGCAGCGGCGGCGGCGGCGGCGUCGCGGGGUCAGUCGUGUUGUUGCACGUCGGUGGCGCCGCCGCCGCCGCUGCCGCUGCGGUGCGCGCAGGCGCGAGCGCGAGUGGCGGCAGCACACCCAAGCAGUCCCCGCUGCCGGCCACCUCCACCACUGCCACCACCUCGCCUCCGGGCACGCCCAACGCAGCUGCAACCGCUGCAACGGCCGCCGCGGGUGCGAGUCCUGCAAGCGGCGAAGGGCCGCAUUCGUCUGAUCCAACUGCAACGUACGGGCGGGGGCAGGAGCACGGGAACGGCAAGGGCCGCUCCAAGUUGUCCGCUUUGGCGCGCAAGGUGAAGAAGGCUCUGAGGGGGUAGAAGGGCUGCGCCACGGCUUUCAGACGAAGGCAAUCAAAAUUUGGCGCGCGAGUGUUGCAUUGAGUUGCUCAUUGAAUCGUAAAACUAGCUUCGCUGUGUGGGCCAUUCAUGUGCCUGUGAUCGCGAGCAAGGCCAAGGGGGUUCCCGUGCCGAGGCCCUGGAAAGGAGGCGACGCAUGUGUCACUGAUCGUGUUCCCGUGAUUGAAUUUGAAUAUGCUUUGACAGAUUUGGAAGGCGUGACAAAUUGGGGGCAUGGAUGGGUUGGGGUCGCUGGCUGUACACGGCGGCACAUGUUUCGCUUGCUUUCUUUUGGUUGUGAGCUUUCACAUUUUUGGUUAUGCUGCGUAUUAGUAUUUGUUAUUGCCUAUUGCAUGUAAAUAGGCGGCGGGGAAAAUUCGGGCGGAGCGAGAAGUGCCUUCGCACGUCCAUGGACAAGCUGCGGGUUAGCACGGACUGUGCACCCCACCCAACCGGCCACGUCCGGAUUUGCGGGGAUGCCAAAGGCCCCCAACAUAGAGGCGUGCGCUUAGUAGGCGCCUGCGUCAAGGUGGCUGGGUUGAUAACGACCCGGGAGGGGAGGGCUCAGCCCUUUUCCUGCCUCCCUAAGGCAGCCACCUCCUUGUUGGUUAUGCUGGCUUGAUGGUGUGCUGGAAGAAGUGCCCCGGAGAAGAGAGACGAACAAGCAUCUUGAGAUACAGCAGCUCGGCAGGUUUUGUGACACAGGGCAACCGCAUCCCGUUUCCGGUAAUCACUGCUGCAUGAAGCAAUAUGGUGAACGGAACGCCAAAGGCGCAUGCAUAUCCUCUGUUGUUUGGCGAGCUUGCUCAUACUCGCCUACAGUGGGUACUUGAAGGAGAUUUCAGCUUGGUUGUGAUUGGACAAGACUGCCCGGUUUCUUGCGUGUCCUAGGAUUGCCUUCAAUUUUGAGUGUUAAUGCCGCUUGAUCCUGGAUAUUUUUCGCUCUCCAAUGGCUUGCUUUGAGUUUGAAUGUGUCUGUGAUCUGUGAUGUGUGACAUGAACCUGGCGCGCGCAGGAAGGGGCAGGGCACGAGAGGCGCAGACACGCUUUUUGCGCAGGUGCCUUUGCGAGAACAACUGAUCUAUGGGCUAUGCUUACGGGCAGGCGUGUGAUCCGGUAUUCAGUGGGGCCACCGGCGUUCUUGCCGGGCCUGUGCAUAUGCAUAUGCUGUGUUUUGGCUCUCCUACUCAGUCCUCCACCUUGCCUACUACGCGUGUUGCACUGGGGGCUUGUGUUUGAUGCUAGGAGGACGACAGCAGCAGCAGCAGCAGCAGCAGCCAGAGCACGUGUUUGCCAUCUGUGUGCGGCACUGGCGGAUUGUACCCGACAGCACCGUACGCGAUGGGUUUGGGCGUCGCUGCGUGAAACGAAGCGGGCUCGCUUGCUCUGUGUUGUGUGCUGUUUGCUGUGUGCUGUGGUGCGUGCGGUUGGCAGCGGCGCGGCGGCGGGUGGCACGUCCCCCGGCCCAUUGUGACCGGGGGCGGACCGGACAGGGCCUGAGGGUGCACCAGUGCGUGGGUGUGAGCGCGCGAUAUUUGCAUGAAGAACUGCAAUUUAUAAAGGGGCGGGGGUUCAGCGGGACAGCGAAGACACGGCCCCGGGAGGCACGGUGAGGCAGUGCGGUGCCGUGUGGCGCGAGGUGUUUGCUUUGUUUGCGGCGAGGUGGGUGUGGCCACCGGCGGCAGGUGGUGCUGCGGCAGCAGCAGCCCCGGGGCCCCGUGUGGUUGCGGUGCAAGGCCGCACGUGGGCCCGAUGGCCGUUGCUGCGACGGGGGUGGGUACGGCGUGUGUGUGCGAUGGGACAGUGGUGAGGCAGGUUGGUAAAGUCCCGUAGGGUGCAGCUGAUUCCCAGAACCGGACGACGGGGGUGGGUACGGCGUGUGUGUGUGUGCGCCCGGAGCAGCCGCCGCACGCCGUCACAUCGGGCGCUGGCUCUCGAGAGGCCCUGGACAGGGCCCCGUCACUGAACGGAGGGAUGUUCUGUUGUUUGUUGUGUGGAUGCAUCAAUGCAUGUCAUGCGUGCACUGGGGGAACAGGCUUCUGCCUGCACUAGGCGUCUGCUGUAAACUGCUGAUGCA